UCUUUGUCCGACCACAGACCACACUACAACCCUUUUCAUGUGGUCUACAACACUUACAAAAUCUUCUUUCAAAUUUCUUAAAUUUUGUUAACAUCAUCGUCACAAAAGACAAUCUUUCAGUCACACGCCGGACAAUAAUAAUAUAAAUGGCCGGCGUUAUAAACUUCACAUCAUUGCCACCCAUUUCCAAACCCAUCAAACAUUUUCACAAAACAAAACUGUCAUGUACCAGAAUUUCUGUUAUAAGAGCAUCAACAGAAGUUUCUGAUGAUACUUCUGUUAAAGAUGAAAAACCACAAUCUGGGCCUUCUGUGAUCACUCCUCCUCUUAACUUUAAAGCCCCUGAACCGAAACGCUUUUCGGUUCGACCCGAUAAGGUUUUCGACUUAAUUGGUGCUAGUUUUAAUCUUUUGUUUCGGUUAGGGACUGGUGUUUUUGUUGAUGGGUACUCGGUUUCUUUUGUUCCCAAGAAUGAGUAUCCAUCUGGUCAGUAUGGUCUUGAAUUUGGAGGCUACGUAGCAAAAGAGACCUCAAAACUAGGCCCCAGACCCGCCAAGCCUAUUGAGUUAUACGAAUUUGAAGGCUGCCCUUUCUGUCGGAAAGUAAGGGAAAUUGUUGCGGUGUUGGAUCUUGAUGUAUUGUAUUAUCCUUGCCCAAGAAAUGGUCCAACUUUUCGUCCCAAGGUUGGCCAGAUGGGUGGGAAACAAAUGUUUCCUUACAUGGUAGAUCCGAAUACCGGAGUUUCCAUGUAUGAAUCAGAUGACAUUAUAAAGUAUCUUGUCCAGAAAUACGGUGAUGGAAAUGUGCCAUUAUCUUUGUCACUUGGCUUGCUGACAACUUUAAGUGCGGGGUUUGCCAUGAUCGGACGUAUGGGGAAGGGGAGCAUCUAUACCAAGGCAAAGAUGCCACCACAACCUCUUGAAGUGUGGUCGUAUGAGGCAUCACCCUUUUCCAAACUCGUGCGUGAAGUACUUGUAGAGUUGGAGCUACCACAUAUUCUUCACAGUUGUGCUCGUGGCAGCCCAAAACGGCAGGAUUUAUAUGCAAGGGUUGGCCACUUCCAGGCACCUUAUCUAGAAGAUCCAAACACGGGGGUGAAAAUGUUUGAGAGUGCUGAAAUCGUGGAAUAUCUAAGAGCUACUUACGCUCUUUAAGGUUCUUAUUGAUCAACUCUUGCUGUAAGCAGUUUAAAAGACCUUGAAAGAACACUUUCUUGCAAAGCUAUAUAGCGGUAGAAAUAUACUUGAAUAGUAACAUCAGAGGGCAUUUGUAUGAAAAGUUUGAAGUUAGUGUCUACAAGUUCCCACAAAUACAAUGUAAUGAUGUAUGUAUAGAUGAAAAAUACUUGAAGAUAGUUCUCAUAUGAUACUGGAUUUAAGUUAAUGUUCAUACUUGACUAUAUCCUUUUACUAGUUUAUCAUUA